ACACGGAGCAUCUCCAUCUCCAGCUCUGAGCUCAGCCUCCCGGACAGUCCCACUCAGGACAGCCGCUCUCGCUUCACUCCCCGGGGACAGAGACCGGAGCUUCAGGACUCCUCAUGUCUGCCCCCCCGGCCGUGUCUCCGCGGGCAUAAAGAGGGGCAUAAAGCGCUGCGCGCAGCGGGCACGGAGAUGUCUGCCCCGGGAUACAGCAGCCUGGGCUCCUCGGUGAACGGCUCUGCACAGAGCUACCCUCCUGUGUACCAGCCGUCUGGAUACUACGGAGCCCCCCCUCCUCAGAGCUAUCCCAGCAAACCUCCGCUGCCCAGUGCUCAGUCCCCACACUACCACAACAGCCACGGCCCACCACAGUCCCACCAUGGAGCCCCGUCUGCUCUCUCCAGCCCUGCACCCCCACCCACUGCCUAUGCCCCUGGCCUUCCUCCCAGUGCCCAGUAUGGUCAGCAGGCAGUACAGCCCCAGCACAGCCCUUAUGGUGCUCCUGGGUCCUACUAUGGACACCAGAGCUACUCUGCUGCUCCCCCAGUUCACCCCCCACCUCCCUCGCAGCAAUACACUCUGACACCAGCUCCUACUAGUGCUGCUGGGACCUACCCCUCUGCUCCUGGAAGCACCCAGUAUGACCCCCUGCCUCACCCACAGAGCGGUCCUCCACCUAAUCCACAGAGCGGGGCCCCACCUCACACACAAAGUGGCCUCCCACCUAAUCCACAGAGCAGGCCCCCGCCUCACCCACAGAGUGGCCCCCCAGCUCACCCACAGAGCAGCCUUGGUGGAGUGCUGUCUGUUCAGAUGGGUGUCCCCCUGCACCAGUACAGUCCUGCACAGCCCCUGUGUGGACAGACAGCGCUUAACGGUCAGCCGCAGAGCACAGCACCGGGUCAGCAGCCCUCCUAUGGGCCCUACAGUGGGCUGGACGGAAGUGGACACACCCCCUCAUCCACUGGAACCCCCUCUGCCUCCAUUGCCCCCUCCCCUGGACACCACAGCGCCCCCCCGUCUCAGUAUGGAGGGUAUGAGGGGACCAGCGGGCCCUCAGAGCCAGCACAGUCGUCCUCCAGCUCAGACGACGAAGACCUGGAGGACGACGAUGAGGAAGCAGGGGGCGACACCUCCUCGUCUAGCACGGGCACUGCCUCCCCUGUGCCCAACAGCUACGACUCACUAGAGGGAGGCAGCUAUCCAGAGGCACAGGCUCCCUGCUCCGACCUGGCCCCACAUGGCCAGUCCUACACUGGCUAUGGUUACCCCGGUAUGCCUCCCCCCUCCUCUGCCCCACAGCAUGGAUACAACCAAUCGGGCUACCCCCAGCCCUCACAGCCUUUCCCGAGUCUUUCCCAGCUGUCUGCUGCUCUGGGGGGCCUCAGUGGGAUCCCUGAGCUGGAGGUGGAGUCUCUGCAGCCCAUUAACCUCCUCCAUGAGAGGAACCUGUUGCCCCCACGGCCUCUGGGGGCCCCAGAACCCAACCUGAGCCCAGAACUAAAGAAGGUCAACUGCAGCCCUGAGACCUUCCGCUGCACCCUGACCAGUAUCCCCCAGACCCAGGCUCUGCUCAACAAGGCCCGGCUGCCCCUGGGCCUUCUGCUGCACCCCUUCAGGGACCUGCAGCACUUACCUGUCAUCACCUCCAACACGAUCGUGCGCUGCCGCUCGUGUCGCACUUACAUUAACCCUUUCGUGACCUUCCUGGACCAGCGGCGGUGGAAGUGUAACCUGUGUUACCGGAUCAAUGAUGUUCCAGAUGAGUUCAUGUACAACCCGGUCACCAGGUCAUAUGGGGAGCCCCACAGGAGGCCCGAGGUCCAGAACUCCACUGUGGAGUUCAUUGCCUCCUCAGACUACAUGCUGCGCCCCCCUCAGCCUGCGGUCUACCUGUUUGUCCUGGACGUGUCCCAUAACGCUGUGGAGGCUGGAUACCUCAAGUACUUCUGUGACUGUCUGCUGGAAAACCUCCACUCGCUGCCUGGAGACGCUCGCACUCGGGUGGGUUUCCUCACAUUCGACAGCACCAUCCACUUCUACAACCUGCAGGACGGCCUCUCCCAGCCCCAGAUGCUGGUGGUCUCUGACAUAGAAGAUGUCUUCAUCCCCUCACAUGACAAUCUGAUGGUGAACCUGAAGGAAAGCAAAGAGCUGGUGAAGGAGCUGCUCUCCUCUCUGCCCUCCAUGUUUGCUCACACGAGGGAGACCCAGAGCGCCCUGGGCCCCGCUCUACAGGCUGCCUUCAAACUCAUGACCCCCACAGGAGGCAGGGUCUCUGUGUUCCAAACCCAGCUGCCCACGCUGGGGCCCGGGCUGCUGCAGUCCAGGGAGGACCCCAACCAGCGCUCCAGCACCAAGGUGGUACAACACUUGGGUCCGGCCACAGACUUCUAUAAGAAGCUGGCUCUGGACUGCUCCGGGCAGCAUAUCGGAGUGGACCUGUUCCUGCUCAGCUCGCAGUACUCAGACCUCUCCUCCCUCGCGUGCAUGUCCAAGUACUCUGCAGGCAGUGUGUACUUCUACCCGUCCUUCCACCACGUCCACAACCCCGAGCAGCUGGAGAAGUUCCAGAGCGACCUGGAGAGAUACCUGACACGAAAGAUCGGCUUCGAGGCCGUCAUGAGGAUCCGCUGCACUAAAGGUUUAUCCAUCCACACAUUCCAUGGGAACUUCUUUGUGCGUUCCACGGACCUGCUGUCCCUGGCCAAUGUGAACCCGGACUCCGCCCUGGCAGUGCAGAUGUCCAUAGAGGACUCUCUGGCGGACUCGUCUCUGGCGUGUUUUCAGGCCGCUCUGCUCUACACCUCCAGUAAAGGGAAGCGGAGGAUCCGGGUGCACACCCUGUGUCUGCCUGUGGUCACCCAGCUGAGUGACGUGUACGCGGGGGCUGAUGUCCAGGCCGUCACCUGCCUCCUGGCCAACAUGGCCAUCGACCGGUCAGUGUCUUCGGGGCUGUCGGACGCCCGGGACGCCCUGGUGAACGCGGUGGUGGACCUGGUGGGGGCGUACAGGAGCAGCGUGUCCAACCUGCAGCAGAGCGGACUGGUGCUGCCCUCGUCCAUGAGACUCUUCCCUCUGUACAUCCUGGCUCUGCUCAAACAGAAAGCUUUGAGGACGGGCACCAGUACCCGCCUGGAUGAGCGUGUCUUCGCUAUGUGCCAGUUUAAGACUGAGCCUCUUCCACAGCUCCUCAGGAUGCUGCACCCAGACCUCUACAGACUGGACACCAUCUCAGACCAGGGGGCGCUCCACCUGAAUGACACCAUAGUCCCUCAGCCACAGCUCCUGCACCUGUCUGCAGAGAGGCUGAGUCGGGACGGGGCCUUCCUCCUGGAUUGCGGCUUUGUCCUGUACGUGUGGGUGGGCCGCUCGUGCUCGGACAUGUUCCUGCGGGACGUACUGGGAGUGUCGGACCACGCCUCCUUACCCCCCAACAUGAACCACAUUCCGGAGCUGGACACUCCCCUGUCGGAGCGGGUCAGGGCCUUCCUGGACUGGCUCCAGGAGAAGCGCUCGUGCAGCUGCCCACUGCAUGUCCUCAGGGACGACACUUUGGCCAAAUCCACCUUUUUCCAACACCUGGUGGAGGACAGCUCCGAGUCGGGCCCGUCCUACUAUGACUUCCUCCAGCAGAUCCUUCAGCAGGCCUCCAAGUGACGCGCCCCUCCAAGCUGACCAGAGCCGACCCAGCCGACCCGAGCCGACCCGAGCCGACCCGAGCUGACCCGAGCUGACCCGGGCUCUCACGGACCAUCCAUCUGGAGGUAGCGGGCUGCAGUUCCGUCUGUGGUUUAAAGGAGUCACUGAACUUCAGCCACUUCAAACUCCUGAGCCUCCUCAUGUCAUGUUUUAUAGGGAUGGGCAGAUAUGGAUUUUUUUUUUUUUUUUUUUUUUUUUUUGAGCCAAUAAACUAUCCAGUAUUUGUCCUGCUGCUGUGACCGAUAACCAAUAUUUACCUAUACCGAUAUUUAGCUUUUAGUCUGUUCACAAAGGGCACACAGAGGCACAGUGCAAAAAAUGAUCGGUAUAGAUGAUCGUUAUCGAAUAUAUUGGUCAAUAUUGAUAACAACGGAUUACUGGAAACAAUAUAUCGCCUAUUCCUCAUGUUUUAUUUAGUCUUUCUACUGGUUUUAUGAGCUUAGAAACACUGGAUUGGUCAUUCAGACUUGACCGUGAUACGAGAUGGAGAAGACUUCCGUAGCCCAUCCAUCGUCCGCCUCGGUCCAGCUCUUUACAACGUCCAGUCUCGACCUUUGUGUUCCUGUCAUUAAAGGGGCUCUAUAUGAUUUUUUUUGUUACCGAUGGUCAGGUCUACACCGUUUUCUACGGUCCAGUCAUUCCUCACUUUCCUCAUGCAUUCCUAACACUGUCAUUUAUUUAAACGUGCAGUACCUGAUUUUUAUUGUCUUUAAAAAUGUGAAAAACAGUGCUCCAAAGUUAUUCCUCAUCAUUCCCAGCCACACAUUUUGAGGGAAAAUCAGGUACAGGUACUUUAAACGUCACAGAAAUGUUAAGAACUACUUAGCCUCCUGACAGUCCGACUUAAAAGUUCAAUGGCUUCUUCAUUGGAUGCAAACCGAGUACAACAGUCUGGUUUUGUUGGUAAGAUUAGCGUUUACAAUGGUUUUACUUUUGAGCCGUGACUGAGAAUGAGCUGUGAGCCUCGCCCUGAUGUUGAACCGUGACUGACUGAGAAACGCCUGUAUAACUAAUCUAUAACAUCCACUGUAUCUUUUAGGUUUUUUUAGGACUGCACUGAUCCAGUACAAUAAUACGACUCAGAAUGGUUGAACUUUAAUUUAUAUAAAGUUGUGCGGUAGUUACAUGAAGGAUAAAAAACAGAUCCAUAAUGCGUUUAGGUCAGUUUUGUUGUGUUUUAUUUUUAAAUAAACUAAAUACUUGCCCUGACAGGUAUUAGUUGAUUUCAGGUAUCAGCAGGUACUUAAGGUUAUUGAUACUUUGCAGCUGAUGUCGUCAACAUUCCCUGGAGUGGCUCUACUCUGUCUGAAGCUCUGUUCAGUUAGACUUUCAUAUUGGCUAGGGACGAACGAGCUAUCAUUUUGGACCGAAAAUCACGAUCUUGGGAGUAGGGAUGGGCAUGAUUAGUCGAUUAAUUGAUCAUCGAUCAUUAAGAAUUUCAUGGAUUAUUUUCAUUUUAAUCAACAAGCCGAAUGUAGGUUGCUGUGCGUAGCGUAGUGUGACCAAACAGGGGUCUGUACAUGUAGCUCUGUGACUCAGAAGGAGCGAGACACGUUUUCCGUUGCGUUCGGGACAAGUGUGAGUCCAUGUGCACAGUGUACAAAUCAGCGCAUAUGUUUCAGUGUCCAGUGGGAAAAAGUUUCACCAGGUGAGAGUCGCGUAAUGUCGAUGUCCUGGUUUUGACAAAUGUAAAUAAAGUCACACUAACCUGUAUUCCACUGAGUCGUGUCGCAUCAGCGACACAAGAGCUAUUUUUUUUCUUCGCUUAGUUUAUGCAAAUUAGCCAUGUGGUUUUAAGUUUCAUUUCUGUGAGACUUGCAUUAAACACAUUCUAAUGUCAAACGGGCUGAUGAGGCUCUAGAGUGGUUGUGGUUUAUAUGUCGUAAAGUUGAAUUUAUUUAUGCAGAUUAGUGCAGAUAGUAAUAAUAAUGAUGAUACAUUUUAAUAUAAAAAACGUUAAUGAUUAAUCGAUAAUUGAUCGUUAAUUCUCUCGACGAUUGAUUAAGAAAAUUGAAUCAAAUGCCCAUCCCUACUUGGGAGUGUCAAAAGCCAUGUUUUUUUUUCAGUGCUCCUAAACCCCAAUUUAAGGUCAAAGUAUGUUCUGCUUUGACUCAACGCACACUCCCGCCGUCGCCUCGUCGCCGUUGUUUUAGAUUUAUGGAUCUGCGUCGACGUGUACGCGCCACGAAGUAAUUCACCGCCACAACGCCAGGAGCCUAGGAUUUAAACCUGGCUUUGUGUAAAGUUUCACAUGAAACAUCUCCAACACGAUAGAAGCACAGAACAGACUCACCAUCAGCAGAACACCCUCUGUCUGAGUCGUGUUCUUACGUCCGACCGAAACUGAACUGGAUCAGCAGCACAAGGAGCGAGCUGUUUUUUUUUUCAGAGCGUACAGUUUAUGCAAAUGAGCCAUGUGGUUUUAAGUUUAGUUUCUGUAAAACUUAAAACAAAUGUGCAAAGCUGAAUUAAACACAUUAUUACUCAAUGUAUAUUGAAAGACGUGAAAGUGGAGGACAGGAACAGUGUGUAGAGCGGAGGUAGAGACAACCAAUUACAGCCCUUAUUGUUUGCGUAAACUGGGACUUUACGUUUCAGCGUCAAAUCGUCGGUUCAGGACUCUAGUGUGAUUUAAGUUUCUGUGAUGUUUGCAAAUGUUCUUGUGCACUGAAACUUGAUUAAAAAAAAAAUUACGGAUGGAUUCGAAAUUCGCAAUAUCUACCAGAAAAAUCACAAUUCAGUUUUUUUUUUUAAAUCAUUCAGCCCUAAUAUGAGCUUUGUCUAACACAAUCUGAUCAGAAAGAGCUGGAACUACAACAGGUCAUCUGAUUUUAGCCAACAGUUUUUAAGUUUCUCUCACCUCAAGUUUCACUUUUGUUGAAAAUCAAACUCCCAAACAGGCCCACGAACGCUCAGACUGAUCACAGGCUCCUGAAAACCUGCUGUUUGAAAUCAGUUUGUUUUUUUUCUUCAAGUUUUCACACCAUCCAAAACUGUAUCUGUCUGCGCUUGUUAAUGUGUGAAUUGUGUCACCAGGGUAAUUGCUGACCGUACUUCCAUAGACAUACACGCAGAACACCCCCACUGUGAUGUCACUACAGAGUAUCAAUAGUAUCGGAAUCGUAGAAAAAGCUGGAUUGGUGCGUCCCUUGUUUUUUCUCAUGAUUCUCACUUUAACAAAAUGCUUUUUAAAUUGUAUAUGUAGCUUUAUUCAUUCAGUUCCAUUUGUUCACACGUUUUUCUUUCACAAAUAUCUGCUCUUACAAUACUGUGUGGAAGGAUUAGAGGUAUUGUAAGUAUUAAGAAUGAAAAGUCAGGUACAGCCCCUUUAAUGACUAAACCAGUUGGACUUGUUUUUAAAGCCACACAUCUGCAUGGAAUCCAUUGCACUGUGGCUGCUGGCGACUCAGAACUGCAGAAGAUUUUUUUAGAACCGCGCGCCUCCUGGACACUGGGCGCUCGUCGGGACUUCCUCCAGGUGAACCCCACUGUGGUGGACUCUCUCCCCCUUUUCCAGGCUCAGACAUGCCACUGUCCACUUUGUAUCUACUGAAGAAUAUUUUAUGUGAUAAUUUAUGAAACCUUAUUAAAGAAAAGCAGAAAUGACCACAUGUGGGCUCUUUUUUAACUCUCUGUAGUUUAUUCACAUAAGUAUUUGUGAAUCACUAAAGGAACUGUAUCUAAGAAUUUUAUUUUAAAUUUCAUGAACAUGAUCUGUAUGUCCUCAG